AUGUGGAAUCAACCCUACGGAAAAUCCGAUUUGGAAAGCGGCGCAAGGCCGCUGUAUCCGAUGAUGCUCGAGAGCCCCGAACUACGGUGGUCUUUCAUCCGAAAAGUCUACGUCAUCAUCGCCAUACAAUUACUCGCCACCAUCGCUGUCGGCGCCGUCGUCGUCUCCGUUCGUCCCAUUUCAACGUUCUUCGCCACAACCAACGCUGGUCUCGCUCUUUACAUCGUUCUCAUCUUUGUCCCUUUGAUAACGUUGUGCCCGCUUUACUCGUAUUAUCAGAAGCAUCCGGUUAAUUACUUUCUAUUGGGGAUUUUCACUCUUUCGCUUUCGUUUGUUGUUGGAUUGAGUUGUGCUUUCACUAGCGAGAAAGUUAUUCUGGAAGCAGCUAUAUUGACUGCUGUGGUGGUGAUAGCUCUGACUCUGUACACAUUUUGGGCUGCAAGUAGAGGCUAUGAUUUCAACUUCCUUGGCCCUUUCUUAUUCGGUGCUGUGCUAGUUCUUAUGGUCUUUGGGCUGAUUCAGGUUUUCUUUCCACUGGGUAAGAUAUCUACUAUGAUCUAUGGUUGCUUGGCAGCAAUUAUAUUCUGUGGCUACAUCCUAUAUGAUACAGACAACUUGAUCAAGAGAUACUCCUAUGACGAAUUUAUUUGGGCUUCUGUCUCCUUGUAUUUGGACAUCAUCAACCUUUUCCUGUCUCUGCUCACUAUUUUCAGAGCAGCUGAAUAG